GGCUCCUAGCCGUCGUGUACACAGUAAAACUGUGGCGCUUAGUCGUGUGAUAGAGCCGUCGGUGUGUGUGUGUAGCUGUCCCACGGGUGUUGACACCAUGUUACACCUCAGCUCCCGGUGUGUGUCGCUGCUGGCGUGUCUCCUGCUGCUGGUGGCUGGAAGUGCAAGAGGAGAUGUGGGGACUGUGGAGCAGGAUGUGGGCUCGGGCAUGGAGGGAUCACGCACCGAUGACAACGUGGUGGCCAGGGAAGAAGAGGCUAUUAAACUAGAUGGACUUAAUGUGGCACAGAUAAAGGAGUUGAGAGAGAAGGCGGAGAAGCACGUCUUUCAGGCAGAAGUGAACCGCAUGAUGAAACUGAUCAUUAAUUCCUUGUACAGGAACAAAGAGAUCUUCCUCCGAGAAUUGAUCAGCAAUGCAUCUGAUGCCCUGGACAAAAUUCGUCUCCUGUCCUUGACUGAUAAAGAACAACUAGAUACAAACCCAGAAUUGGUGAUAAGAAUUAAGGCCGACAAAGAUAAUCAUGUGCUGCACAUCACCGACACUGGCAUUGGUAUGAGUAGAAGUGAUCUCGUCAAUAACUUGGGGACCAUUGCAAAGUCGGGUACGUCGGAAUUCUUCUCAAAGCUUCAGGAAUCUGAUUCUACUGAUCAGGCUAGUGACUUGAUUGGACAAUUUGGUGUUGGUUUCUACUCUGCAUUCCUUGUAGCAGACAAUGUAGUGGUGACUAGUAAACAUAAUUCAGACAAGCAACACAUUUGGGAAUCUAACUCUGCGGAGUUCUCAGUUGCUGAUGAUCCUCGUGGAGACACGCUGAAGCGAGGGACGACGGUGUCUUUGCAUUUGAAGGAAGAAGCUUAUGACUUUGUUGAGGUGGAUACUGUGAAGAACUUGGUUAAGAAGUAUUCCCAGUUCAUAAAUUUUCCAAUCUACUUGUGGGAUUCUAAAACUGAAGAGGUUGAAGAACCUCUUGAUGAAGAUGAGGCAGAAGAGGAUAAGGUUGAAGAGGAAGACGAGGAAGGGAAGGUGGAAGAGGAGAAAGAGGACAAGCCCAAAACAAAGAAGGUCUCGAAGACUACUUGGGAUUGGACUCUUCUAAAUGACGCCAAGCCAAUCUGGACAAGAAAGCCUGCUGAUAUUGAAGAUUCAGAGUAUAAUGAAUUCUACAAGACUCUAAGCAAAGAUUCCAAAGAUCCUCUAGCCAAAACGCACUUUGUAGCAGAAGGUGAAGUGACGUUUAAGUCACUUUUGUUUGUCCCAGAAGUUCAACCCUCCGAGUCCUUCAAUAAGUAUGGCACUCGCACGGAUAACAUAAAGCUCUACGUUAGACGCGUGUUUAUUACUGACGAUUUCCAGGACAUGAUGCCAAAUUACUUGAGCUUUAUUAGAGGUGUGGUAGAUUCGGACGACUUGCCCCUGAAUGUAUCUCGUGAAAAUCUUCAGCAACACAAACUCCUAAAAGUAAUAAAGAAAAAAUUGGUACGCAAGACCCUUGACAUGAUAAAGAAAAUGGAACCUGAAGAAUAUGAUAAAUUCUGGAAGGAAUAUUCUACAAACAUGAAGUUGGGAUCGAUUGAAGACUCUGCAAACCGCACUCGUCUUGCCAAACUGUUGCGCUUCCUAUCUUCGGCGAGCAAGGAUAAACUGACUUCGUUAUCAGAGUACGUAGAGCGAAUGAAGGAGAAACAAGACCACAUAUAUUACAUGGCUGGUGCUUCAAGAGAUGAGGUUGAAAAUUCGCCAUUUGUUGAACGUCUAAUAAUGAAGGGCUACGAGGUGCUGUUUCUGACUGAAGCUAUCGACGAGUAUGCUAUAAAUGCCAUACCAGAAUUUGAAGGAAAGAAGUUCCAGAAUGUGGCAAAAGAAGGCUUAACAAUUGAUGAAGGAGAGGGAGCAAAGGAACGAAUGGAAGAGUUGAAGACAGCUUUUGAGCCACUAACAAAAUGGCUUUCUGAAGAGGCUCUUAAAGAGGAGAUUGUGAAAGCAGAAGUUGGAGAGAGGCUGUCGGAGUCGCCGUGCGCAUUAGUAUCAUCGAGGUUCGGUUGGACGGCAAAUAUGCAACGUAUUGUGACCUCGCAAACUCAUGCAAAGAGCAAUGAUGUCCAAAGGGAUUACUACCUAAGCCAAAAGAAGACGCUAGAGAUAAAUCCUCGCCACCCACUGAUUAAAGAACUUUUAAAGCGGGUUGGAGAUGAUCCCACAGAUGUUACAGCAAAGAACAUUGCAGUUAUGAUGUACCAUACAGCUACACUAAGAUCGGGAUACAUGCUGAAGGAUACGGUGAACUUCUCAAAGUCCGUAGAGGAAAUGAUGCGCCAAUCGCUAGGAAUUCCUUUGGAUGAACCGGUGGAAGCAGAGCCAGAGUUUGAAGAUGAACCAGAUGAGGAUGAACAAUUGCUAGAUGAGGAUGAGGAAGAUGAUGCCGGAGAAGUGGAAGAGAUGCACGACGAGCUGUAAAUGGAUAGCGACUUUAGCAUGGGUACAAAUAAUGGUAGUUGGGUAUCAUUGAUGGAGAGGUAAUUGUAAAGAAAGUUAAGUGGUGCCAUGAAGGUCAAGUGGACAAUUUCAUUAUCAUGUUAAGCUCACUAGGUUUGAGAUAAGAAUUAGCCAUUGGAAAGAUUCCUUAAAUUUGGGUAAAUUCAAUAAAUUACUGUAUACAAUUGGGAUUUGAAUGAUUGAACAACAGACUUGUCAAACUAACAAGUCAAUUUAAGUUUAUUGGAAUUCAUUAUCUGAAGCCAGUGACUGCCAUAUAUCAUGUCAGCUUUAAAUUAAACUGUAACACUUUCCUGUCAUUCAUUGGCUUUAGGAUGGGUGUAUGUGAUCAUAAUCAUUUUGAUAAUAAAAUGCAAAAUAA